AUGAUGAUUGUCUGUUACACAAUGUCGCCAGCUUACCUUUUCUUCAGAAAACUGCGUCGAGACUAUCCUUCACAGAUCCUCCUUAACCUCGCUUCGGCCCUGCUGGGGUUGAACUUGGCAUUCCUGCUCAACUCGUGGCUCUCCUCGUGGGGAGUGGAGGGACUCUGUGUUGCUGCCGCCGCCACGCUUCACUACUUUCUCCUGGCGUCCUUCACCUGGAUGGGACUGGAGGGCGUCAACAUGUACUUCGCCCUAGUCAAGGUCUUCAACGUCUAUGUGCCUUCAUACAUGUGCAAGUUUUGCGCAGUGGGAUGGGGAAUCCCACUGGUGAUUUGUGUGCUGGCACUCAUCGUGAACAAAGAGGCUUACGGUGUUCUUCAGUCCACUGACACUCAGAGCAAAUUGGAGUCUCUAGACAACACUGACAACUUCUGCUGGGUACAAGAUGACGUGACAUUCUACGUGUCUGUAGUCACCUACGCCGUGUUGGUGUUCCUCUUUAAUAUUGCUGUUUUUGUGGUGGUUCUGAUUCAGAUUCGCCACAUGAAGGCCAACAAUCCCGUUGGGACCCGUGGGGGACUGAUGCAUGACCUAAAGGGAGUCGCAACUCUGACUUUGCUACUUGGACUCACCUGGACCAUUGGAUUUUUCACAUGGGGACCAGCCCGGGUAGUCCUGCUAUACAUUUUCUCUCUAGUCAACAGUCUGCAAGGGAUUUUCAUCUUUGUCUUUCAUUGUAUAAUGAAAGAAAAGGUACGAAGACAAUGGAGGGUCCACCUGUGUUGUGGCAAACUUCGACUGGACGAUUACUCUGAAUGGAGCCACUCGGUGUCCGUCGCCGAACCGAAGCCGUGCCCCCGGAAUACGGGCGCUCCAUCGGUGAGGUCUCUGGAGUCAAACUCCACCGAAAGUACAUCAGCCUCCCCAGGGUCCAGCCGCAGGGGCUCAACCUACAAGAGGCCUGACCUGGGGCUUUUUGUGAAGUUGCUGGUUCUCCCCUGUGCCCAGUCAACCUAUCCAAAAGAUCAGCCAAAGUCCUCCACAACAAAUGAAACUGGACACAGACAUUAAUCAUUACUCAUCCUGGGUAAUCAUAUCAUGCAUCCCUAUUUUUCUUUCUUUCUGCUAAGUGCCACAGAAGAGCUUUGGUUUAUGAACACAUGAGCAUCAGGACCAGGGAGGAGUCGGUUGCCAAGCAACUGGCAAAAUGACAUUGAGCCUAUUAAGCUUGGAAGCACAGUUGUAAUGCAAACCCUCAAUUUAACAUUGGAUAUGUAUUUGAAUGUUUUCCUCCCCUUUAUUUUCUCUCAUGAUUUGUUUUCUUUAGUUAUUUUUGAUUCAAGUUUUGUUCCCAAGUCAAUGCUGUUACCCAUUAUUUGGUACUAUUUAAGCCAAUCAUGUCAACAUUUUGCUGGAAAAAAAACAGGGCAAAGCAAAGGCUCAUACUGUUUUUUCAGUUAAUUUAAGGCAGUCGCAAGCAAGAGUGAUUAUGAUGUAACAUCUUUGAAAUAAAUUUCUGCAUAAUAAAGCAAUGAAAUAAAUUUUAACACUAUAUUUAUAUAGGACAACUUUUUUCUACCAAC